UACCCUAUGGAUUAGGAUUAUGGUUAUUUUUUUAGCUAGCAUGUCUAAACAAAAGACUCCACUUCGCCAGAUGAUGACAUUACCCAUCAAGUUAGCCAGGUGUGUCUGACGAUGAUUACGGCUAUCUAUUAGUAUAAUAAUGCCAAAAUAUUUGUAUCUGGAAUUUGUCUUUCAGCAUCAGUAGAACAAGCCUGACUCUCCUCCUCCACCAGUCAUACAAGGAGAAUGGUCUAAUGCCUCCCAUCAAAAAGAGAGCUGGACCAAGCAAGCACAGGUUACUCCUGAAGCAUGAGGACUUGCAGCGAGUUGUGAACAUCAACAACUACGCAGAGGAUAAUGCAAUAGGAUUACCAGGACGCCACCCAGGACACAAACACUUUGGAGGAAAGCUGCUGCCAUCCCAUGUGACAAAAGCAGGAGUGUGGCUUCUCUACAACACAUUUUAAUUAUUUAAUUGACCUCCAACAUGAUUGGCACUACUUUUAUUGAUCUCACAUUAUUUCUGUAUUUUCCAGAGUGUAGUCGGGCUGUGUGUUAGCAUUUUAAUAAUCCAGUUUCCAAGAUGAUGCUUCUGUAUGCAGUGCUGCUGCACUGCACAUUUGUGCACUAUCCUUCUCACCCUAUGCAGCCAGGUCCCACCUACUUUUUAACUCCUCGCAAGUGUGGCUUGUUUGGUGUCUGCUGUGAAGGAAUAGCACAAGUCAACUACUUGAUUGAUGAAGGCAUGUCAUCCAGCAAAGGCAGCAGCGCAGUCAUCAACUACAUGUACCAUUUCUUCUCCAACUACAGAGUUUGGGAAACACGUGUGGACCUGAAUUGUGAUAACUGCAGUGGCCAAAACAAGAAAAAUGUUGUGCUCUGGUAUUGUGCCUGGCGGACCAUGCACAAGCUCCACCACAGUCUGGACCUUCACUUCCUGAUUACAGGCCAAAUCAAGUUUGCCUGGUGCUUAGGCCUCAUCAAGCAGCGCUUCAGAAAUACCAGAGUGAACACUUUGUCUGAGAUUGCUGGUGUUGUGAAGGACAGCACAGUGACAGGGAGCAACAUACAGCUGGUUGGACUGGAGGAUGGUACGGUGCUGGUGGAAAGCUACGGCUGGCAACAACACCUGACUCCGUACUUCAGGCCGCUGCCAAAGUUCAAGCAAUACCAGCACUUAGGCUUUGAUGCUCUGAGCCUGGUGUUGUCGCCAAGGAGUGUUCGGACUCAGUAGGGAUCAGGUAUCAGCUGCUGCGCAACGUUGACAUCCUUCCUCCCAUUGAUGGUCUGCCUGUACAAGCAUCACUUGGACUGGACACAGCUAGACAAACAUAUAUUUUUUUGAAUAUCAAGGAGCUUUGAGAUGAGGGUAUGGACAUCACAUGCCCUGCACCAAAGUCAAGGGCAGGACAGAAACAGGUUCUCCGAAUAUAGAUUCCCUUGAUCGUGCGUGGUUCGGACGGACCAGUCAUCAGCACUUUCUGCAGUGCCUCAAUUCAAAUGACUCUCUCCUAACACACAUGCCAUACGUUGCUGCUACUACUGCUGACUUUACCCCUGAUUGUAUGCAUAUAACUACCUCAUCUAUCCCUGACAUUU